CUGCAUGUCUUCUGUCAACCAGCUGCGCAUGAAAUCAGCUAACCGAAUUCCUAGUAUUAGCAAACAAUGAAAUGACUUGAAUACCCUUUUGUACCUCCUCGCGUAUCGACUCGAGAUUGGAUGAAUUAAAUAGCAAAACGAUGCCGGUUAUGGUGUGUUAAAACACUAACUAUGGCCAUUUUAAAAGAAUGGGGAUGCCAUUGCCAGCUCUAUGCAACCAUUUCUUGAGCUCUAUGACGAGUUCACUAGUAAACUUUCAGCAAAAGAAUUCUCAAUUUCCUCAGUGAAUUAAUCGUUAAAAGUUUCAGCAAUGGAAAGCACCGACUCAACGACCGUCUCGCAGCAGCCGAACCUCCCACCGGGCUUCAGGUUCCACCCCACCGAUGAAGAACUAGUCGUCCACUAUCUCAAGAAGAAGGCUAGCUCUGCUCCUCUACCAGUUGCAAUCAUCGCGGAGGUUGAUUUAUAUAAGUUUGAUCCAUGGGAAUUACCAGCUAAGGCUUCGUUUGGUGAGCAAGAAUGGUACUUCUUUAGUCCAAGAGACAGAAAGUAUCCAAACGGAGCGAGGCCUAACAGGGCGGCAACUUCGGGUUAUUGGAAGGCUACUGGAACCGAUAAGCCGGUGUUAAACUCGGGAGGGACUCAAAAGGUUGGUGUAAAGAAAGCGCUGGUUUUCUAUGGAGGGAAGCCUCCUAAAGGUAUCAAAACGGAUUGGAUCAUGCAUGAAUAUAGGCUUCCUGAUAAGACUAACAACAAACCCCCUGGAUGUGACUUGGGCUACAAGAAAAACUCACUAAGGCUCGAUGGUUGGGUGCUAUGUAGAAUCUACAAGAAGAAAAACACAAAUAGAUCUUUGGAUCAUCAUAAAGAUGACUACAUGGAUAACAUGGUUGGGCCAGUGUCAACUUCAAUAUCAAUCGGCAGUCUCCAAUUCCAAACGAACGCCACAAGUUUCGGGACAUUGCUUGCAAAUCAUGAACAUAACAGGUUCGAUGGAAUGCUGGGGAGUGAUGGGAUGAAUUGUUCGAGCUCAAAGCCAGAUCUAUCCAUGUUUAACCCUCUUAAAAGAAGUAUACCAUCUGUUUACUGGACCGAUGACGAAACAGCCAGUCCUUCAACAGGCAAGAGAUUCCAUGGGGAUAAUAGCAAUGAUGGAAGCCUGGAGAAACCAGACACAAAUGGGUUAAUUGCAUCCCUGCUUAACCAUCUUCCUCAAACCCCUUCAUCGCAACAACAACAAACAAUGAUGGGGUCAAUCGAAGAUGGGAUCUUUAGGCCAUCGUAUCAACUUUCGGGCCUGAACUGGUACACUCUUGAUUGAAUUCCAGGUGUUGGAUAUUCUGUGGAUUUUAUCAUUUGCAUGCCCUUUAGAGAAAAUAUUUAAGGAGCUCUAAAUUUUCAACUAGCUUGGAAACUUUCACCGGUUUCCUGUUACACUUGUUGAUUCAGUCACCAAUAUUUGAUAAAUCUGAUUAUUACGGGAAGAUAGAUGAGCCAAAGUUUCAACUCUUGAGGCCAUAGAUAAUAGGUAAAUUAUAUAUAGUUUGUUGUUUAUUAGGGAGAAGUGGGACUUGGUGUAGAAGAAAAUAAAACUGAUGGGAAAUGAUGAUAUAUAUAUAUAUUUAUAUGCAUUUAAUUUGCUUUAGGGAUGCAACAUUGAAAUCUUGUAUAGAAUCAUUGUUCUUGUAGAAAAUUAUUACUAAUAUAUUGAUGAAUGAUGAUGCACAUUUUUUAGCA